AUGUACAGAUCGGCGCUGCGGUCCUCGCCGCGGCUCUCGAAUUCCCUCCGUCGAACCGGCCUAGCCGCCAGCGGCCGCCGCUUUGCCUCGACCUCCCCAGCAGACAAGAAACGGAGCUGGAAGAGCUCAGCCGUAAGAUGGGGUCUGGCUCUUGGUGCUGUGUACUGGUACAGCACAAGCGCAGCCUUUGCCGAGGAGCCACAGCUGAAGACGAUACCGCCACCUCCACAAUUUUCCGACGAAGACCUGCCGACCGUAGAGGCUGUGGUCGCCCAGAAACGCCGGGAAGCUGAGGCACGGUCACAGAAGUCGGCCGCAGCGUCUGUCCCCGAACCGGCAACCGCUUCGCUAUCCGCAGCAACCUCCCCGACAGCGCCGGUGCAAGACGUCGAGACGACUGGCCAGUCACACCCACCUUCUCCUCCACUUGCAGAAGGUAGCCCGGAAGCUUUGGAGGAGGAGGCAGGCCAGCAGGGCGCCUUCAAUCCGGAGACGGGCGAGAUCAACUGGGACUGCCCUUGUCUGGGUGGUAUGGCGCACGGCCCUUGUGGCGAAGAGUUCAAGGCUGCCUUCAGCUGCUUUGUCUACUCGAACGAAGAGCCCAAGGGAAUGGAUUGCAUUGACAAGUUUCAGCACAUGCAGGACUGUUUCAGACUACAUCCCGAAAUCUACGGUGAGGAACUCGAAGACGACGAACAGCCGACAGACGGCGCGCCAGAGGCUGGUAUCGAAACCUCGGCUGCAAAGACCUCAACCCCAGAGGCAGAGGCUUCUAGCACGGCCCCGGAGACUGCGAAGGCCAGCGCGCCAGAACCCGUGAAAUCUACGCGCCCGACGGAAGAACCAAAGGAAUCCGGCGGGGAGAGCGGCGAUGUGAUACCGAAAAGCGCACAUGAUGCUACAUCGUCAUCUGCGUCCAAGGCUUAA